UGAUAAGCAGCUGAUGUGAAAUUCAAAGCCCAACAAAAGUAUUGAUUUGCAAUAGCAGUAGGAUUAGAUUAGCGUAGGAUUCCGAUACCUAAGUUUUGGCGUAGUCAUGGAUUUCACGGGCUUUGAAGUGCGAAAGUGCCCACCGACUGCCAUGUACAUUCCUAACUUUAUAACUUCUGAGGAAGAGCAGCGAAUCCUGAGCCACAUAGAACGGACUCCUAAGCCCCGAUGGACGCAGCUGCUUAACCGCCGACUGGUCAAUUACGGCGGAGUGCCGCAUCCUAACGGUAUGAUUGCCGAGGAGAUUCCCGAAUGGCUGCAGAGCUAUGUGGACAAGGUGAACAAUCUAGGAGUUUUCGAAUCGCAGAACGCCAAUCAUGUCCUAGUCAACGAAUAUUUACCGGGCCAGGGAAUAUUACCGCACACGGAUGGUCCUCUGUUCUAUCCGAUCAUAUCGACUAUUUCUUGUGGUGCUCACACCGUGCUUGAGUUUGCCAAAAGAGAGGACAGCACUUUUGAACCAAAUGCCGAGGAAGACCAGCUGGCGACCCCUCGUGAGGUUCUCUUCAAACUGCUUCUGGAGCCGCGUAGCUUGCUCAUCCUGAAGGAUACACUAUAUAGUGACUAUCUGCACGCCAUUGCAGAGACCAGCGAGGAUGUGCUCUGCGAUCGCAUUUGCAACUAUGAUCUAUGCGAGAACACCUAUAAGAUUGGGGAUCACUUAAUACGCCGUUCUCCACGCAUUUCCUUGACAAUCCGCAACGUGCCCAAGACCAGCAAAAUGAAGCUCAAGUUCUGCUAGGUCCCCGCAUUCCGCACUUAGAUGUUGCUUUACCAUUGAUUACAGAUUACACUGAUGUUGACUAACCGCACGUUAAACGAACCCACUGAAGGGAUCCAUGGGAUCCACGGACUAUGAUAAUCUGCAACCUGAAUCUUCCGCUAGAUGUUUAAGCACUCGCACUAGCACACUAGCUCGCAAGCAAUCAACGUUGGCCCACACAAAAGUGCUUUAUUUAUACCGUUAACAUUGUGUACAUAUAUAUAAAUGUUUGUAUUACGUAUUACGGAGCAAUAAGUUGGCCUAAUCGGUGGACAGACUGGAGCUUUAUCCUUAGAUUCCAGCUGUCCGCCGGCGGCCCUUAGAUUUAGUUACGCGAGCAAUUGUUGGGAGCAAUCAAUGGUUAAGAUUUGUGAAGUAUGUGGUUAUUUAUAUAGGUAUUUUGUCAACUGAUUUUGAUUAUGAUUGACUUAAAGGUUUUAAGGUGUCAUGGAAACAUAUUAGAUCUGAUCCCAAAGCUAAAAGAAGUUACUAUAGUAAGAUUAUUUCUGACUGACAAAUUUACUAUGGUGUUCCUUUUAAAUUUUAUAAGUGUUCCUUUAAAAGACAUCGCACAUAAAUAGUUUGCCAGUCUGAACUGUAAGGGAAUGACUAAAAAUUUCACAGACUUAAGGAAAUCAUAAUGGUUAUCAGUUAUCGGAAUACCUUUUAUAUGUAUGUUGAAUGGAGCAUGCAGCACACUGAGUACUCUUUUCGUAUGCUCCAUGCUCCAGCCUCCCGUGUCGAAGUGUAUUUUUGUAACCGUUUUUUCCACCGCGCACCGCAAAAAGAGCGAAGAGUUGCCAAUAAACGUUAUGGUCCACCCA